AUGGCUCGGAAUUUAUCAAAAUUGGGUAAGAGAUUUGCUUUUGUUCGAUUCAUUAAAGUUAGUGAUUAUAAAAGAUUGGAACGUAGACUGCAUGAAAUUUGGAUGGGAUCGUUUCACUUAUUUGCUUCUAUUGCUCGGUUUAAUCGGGUUGUGAGUAAGUUUGGAGAGGUGAAGUCACAGGGGAAGGCUAAAAAGUUGAAUUCACAAGGGAAUGGUAAACCACAUAAAUCUUUUGAACAUAUGGCGAAUUCUCAGUCACAUGUUAAUGUCCAGAGGGGCUCUUAUGCAAAUGUAGUUAAGGGAGAUUCGGGUGUGAAAGAGGAAAAAAAAAUUGUCCCUGGAGUGUGCUCUUUACAAGGUAAAGAGAUUGAUAACCCCUUGUCCAGGCAGUCUUCAAUUUUUGGUAAAUUGAGAGAUAUCAGAUUGAUACCAAAACUGGGUAUUCUUUUGAAAGAAGAAGGAUUCCUUGAGAAUAUUAUUAAGUAUGUUGCUAGUGAAUGGGUGUUUAUCUCUUUCUUAUCUGAGGAUACUUGUACUCGGUUUAAGAAGUGUGAAGGGGUUAAGUCUUAUUUUUCAGAAUUUAGACCGGUUGUUAAUGGAUUCUAUGUUAAAGAGCGUGCUAUUUGGUUAGAGCUGUUGGGUCUACCUUGUUGUGCUUGGAAUGAUGCUGCUGUUAAAAAGAUAGCUAAUUUUUGGGGUGAUAUUUGCUUUCUUGAAGAAGACGAGAAUGCUCCAUUGGCUGCAAAACGCGUGUGUAUUAAAACUGUGAUCUCCUCUUUAAUUCAUGAUAAGAUUAGGGUGGUGGCACAAGGAAUAGAAUAUGUUGUUACAGUGCGUGAAAUUUCUAACUGGGAACCGGAUUUGAUGGAGGAUGGUGAUAUUGAGUCGGAUAUUCCAGAUCUUUCAGUUGAUGAGGAAGUAGACGUAUGUUUUGAUGAAGAUGAGAUUGAAGGUUUUAAAGAUAAUGAUGGCGACAAGGUGGAGGAGGGGUAUGAAGAUUCUGUCAGUAUGACCAACAUACAUAGUAAAGGUGAUAGAGGUGCCGGGUUUGUGGAUAGAAAAGUGCCGAGAGAUGUUUCUUCGAGUAGGUUGGUUGAAAACGUGGCGCCUAAUGCUCCCAAGACAGCGGUGGAUGAAGUGGAGGGUGAGAAGGUUUCGGAAUCUAUCUCGCCUCCUCCUGGUUUUCAAAGAAAGAAACCUUCUUCUUCCCUGGGAUCCAUCAAGAUGUUGAAAAAGAAAGUCCCAGUAGUGGUUGACGAUAUUGAUGAUGUGUUGAAGCAAUAUAUUGAAAUGGGAGGGCUUCUUGGGAUUCGUUCUUGGAAUGCGGAGACUAAGGCUGCCUCUCAAACUUCUAAUUCUCAGUUAUUAGGUCGAUUGGCGGAUAUUGAUAAGUCUAUUGAUAAUGGUCUUUCUAGUGAAGACAUUAUUCGUGAGAGAAGAAGUAUUCUUGGUGAUUUGGCGAAUUUAGAAAAAGUUAUAUCGCUUGAUGUCGCGCAAAAGGUGAGAUCGACAUGGGCCGUGGAGGGUUAUGGAGGAGGGAUUUGGAAUGCUAUUGUUGGCUCAAUUAAUCAACUCCAUGAAAGGGGUAGUAUCCCGCUUAAUUCUUUGCAUAGGGUUGUUGGUGAUGGGGUUCAUACUAGGUUUUGGAAGGAUGCCUGGUGUUCAGAUAUUCCUUUUAUGAUGAGAUUUGGAAGACUUUUUGCUUUGGCUACCAAUCAAGAUGCUAUGGUUAGUGAGGUCUGGUCUUCAGACGGUUGGAAUUUUCAUUGGAGGCGUGGGAUUAGAGGAGGGGUUGUUUCGGCCCAAUUGGAUCGUCUUGUGGAGAUUUUGUCUCCUAUUUGGUUAGAGGUGUUGCCUGACAAGUGGAUUUGGGAUUUAGAUCCUUCGGUUCAGGUUUGGAGUCGGGUUGCCCAUUGGUUAGAUUUGGAUAUUCAAGAUUUUUCCUCUAUUAGUGCUUUGCUGGAUUGGAUGGAUGUUAGACCUAUUGCUCGUAUGGAGCGGUUGACCUUAAGCCAUCUCACGCCACCUCCUAGUCGGGUCCCACAUACAUUAAAGGUGCAACACUCAAGACCACUCUCACAUCCAGCAAAUGUGCCUUACGCUCCAAUCAUGCAGCGCCACAUUAGCGACGUCCCAUAUGCCUUGGUAGACUGCUCAUUUUCCUCGGUUUUUGUGUUAGUUGACCGUCUAUUUUUCGUGAGACGCAUGCUGAUGCUUCAACAACCCUACAUCACAUCGAUUCCAGCUGGCAUGCAUCUCAACAGAUGUCGGGCCUAUGCAUUUAGUGCAAUCAAUCAAAGGUCUACUCUUGUCCCAUAG